AUGGCUUCUGUUCUCGCUGUUGGAGCCGGCGCUGCCGUUGCAGCUUUCCUGGGUCGAGCCGGUCUUGUCGCAUGGCGCCGAUCCCGCGGCGGCGUGGGCGCGAUGGGCAAGGCUUUCUACAAGGGCGGCUUCGAGCCCCGGAUGAACAAGCGCGAGGCCUGCCUCAUCCUCUCCCUCCAGGAAAGCGGUGUCACCCGUGACAAGAUUCGCAAGGCGCAUCGCACGCUCAUGCUCCUCAACCACCCCGAUCGCGGCGGUAGUCCGUACCUUGCGACCAAGGUCAACGAGGCCAAGGAGUUGCUCGAGAAAACGACAUCUUGA